AUGAAUUCGUCAAUAAUUGAUCAGCACUGUAAAAUAAUACAGGAACGAAAUGGCAUAUCUAUUGAAGAACUGAAACCAUUGCUUGAUGAUAUUGUACAAGAAUUGAAUAAAUUAAAAACGGAUGCUAAUAACAAAGUUAUAUUUAAUAAUAGUCUGCAAGAAAUUCUCAAUGUGUCAGAUAAUCUUGACAUAAAUCAUGAAUCAUUUUUCAUAUUUCGUGAUACACUAGUAACUUUGUUAAACAAAUGGGAUAAUUUAAGUGAACAAGAAACAAAACUAUGUCAGAAAAUUACUGUUUUAUUUUAUUCUAUUAUGAAUGGAGUCAAUGAAACAAAUGUUACAAAAUGUAAAGCUUUAUUCUGUAAUAAAACAUUUAUUGACCCAGUAAAAUCAUAUGUUGAUGCUGUAACUAAAAAUAUAAAACAUUCUGAAUUCAAUACACACCUAUCAAAUCUUAAUUACAUCGUACUUGGAUUGAAUGGCCUUCAGAUGAAACAAAAAGAACUACAAGAUGAUCCAGCAUUACUUACGCUAUUAGAUUCACUAGUAAAUUUGAUCUGUUCACACUGUUAUAUUGACACAUUUAAACAACUUGAAUUUGAAUCAUCACCACUUGGAAUAAAGCAAAGUUUUCUGUUACUAACAUGUCCAUAUUAUAUUAUUAAUUAUGAUGGGAAACGUGUACACGACAUUUCGGAAGUAAUAUCUAAUUUUUUGCUUCCUAGUUACUGUCUGGAUAUAUUACAAAGAUUUACACCCAUAAUAUCCACGUGGACAGAUGAAUUUAUUCAAUGCAUGUCAAAUUUUAUAUCUAUGUUACAAUAUAUUGUAUUUGGUGAUAGUAGAAAACUUUAUGGUCAUAUACACUUGAGAUUAAUUGAUUAUAUUUAUAUUAUCUUAAUUGAAUUUACAUUAGAAAAAAUUGAGAAAGAAGCACAUCUAAGUAACUUAAUAUUAUACACAAUCGUUUAUUUAUACAGUCUUACAUUUGAUCCAUCAUUAUUAACAUGCAUUAAACUACAACAAAAAUUUAUACAAAUAUUAUUAAAAUUAGUCGAAGUAAAUAAUCAUCGUAUUCAAGUGAAUGCUUAUCGCAUUAUAGCAACAAUUAUGAGUGAAGAUGACGUAAAACGAUUAGAAAAUCCUGGCAAAAUAACACAUGUAUUCAUUCAUUAUAUCGAAUUAUUUAUUGAUAACGUGUACAGGAGAACAGUAUUAGAAAAUACACUAUUAGGAUUAAAAAGUAGGUUACUGUUGUCAUUUUAUGAGUGUUCAGUGCCGCUAAGAAUCAGUCGACAGCAUUUUUAG